ACUGUCAAUUUUGUUUUAUUGGUCGAGUUGUUUUCCUUUUUUAUCUGCUGCAUGCAUAGUUUCCGAAUAUUGCAUUAUGAAUUCCAGUACCGUGAAAUCGACUCAUUCGUCAAUGCCGAAAAAACUAACGCCUGCUCAACGGUACGAGCGUAAAGAAUUAAAACGCAAGAAAAAGCAAGAUCAACUUCUAAAACGAGUGAAACGAGAGUUUGAACAGGUAGAACGCGAAAAAGCAGCCACACGUGAAGUAAAGGUUGAAACGGUUCCGGAUGAAGGUCGUGUUUCUACAAUAAGCAUCGCCGUUCCUGGAUCAAUUUUAGACAAUGCGCAAUCCCAAGAACUACGAACCUAUCUGGCUGGUCAAAUAGCUCGGGCAGCUUGCAUAUUCCAAGUGGAUGAAAUUGUUGUUUUCGAUGACUGUGGCAAUGCUAAUCAAGCUACGGAUAGACUGGCCACAGUAGAUACUACCCAAGGAACUGUUUCUGCUCGUCGAUGCUGCGUCCAGUUAGCACGUAUACUGCAAUAUCUUGAGUGCCCGCAGUAUUUACGAAAAUAUUUUUUUCCGAUUCAUAAUGAUCUUAAAUUCUGUGGUCUUUUGAGUCCUCUCGAUUCGCAGCACCAUUUACGGCAAGCCAGCGAAUUCGAGUUUCGCGAAGGUAUUGUUACCAACAAACCGACAAAAAAUGACCGGUCUAGUUUCGUCAAUGUCGGCCUGUUGAACGAUGUACUUGUUGAUAGCCAUUUGGAUCCCGGUUUGCGAGUGACUGUGAAAAUACCACAUGGAGUGGAAUUGAAAUCGAAAAAAAUUCGUGCUAAAGUAGUGCCCCCGACACAACCUCGCCAAGAAACCGGAAUUUAUUGGGGUUACAGUGUCCGUAUCGCCAAUACGCUUUCCCAAGUAUUCACAAAAAGUCCUUUUAAAGGAGGAUACGAUUUAACAAUAGGAACAUCAGACACAGGAAGCAACGUUCAGGAGAUGAAAUCAAGCAGUCUUACAUUUAAGCACGCGUUGAUAGUUUUUGGAGGAGUUUUUGGAUUGGAACCAGCGCUUGAAAAUGACCCAAAGCUAAAUGUUGAAAAAGUCGAUCUUCUGUUUGAUGAAUAUGUUAACACUGUGCCACGGCAAGGAUCAAGAACAGUUCGUACGGAGGAAGCAAUUUUAAUUUCUCUAGCAGCACUUGGUGAGAAACUAGAUCCAGUUAUAAAACCAAAAGAAUUCCAACAUUUUGAUGCCAUUCCACACAGUCAUGAUACCGGAGUUCAACAGUACGCAUUCAAUGAGAAGAAAAAGAAAGCAAGUAAAGAACUAUCCACCACUGAAAUUGAAUCUUCGACGAUUGUAGAUGAUAUGUCUAGAUUUGAUUAAAAGAUGUUUUUCCUAUACACAAUUGAUACCUUCAA